GCAUGCUUUGGUGCUUUCGAAUGAAACCAAAAACUAAAGGAGGAAAUCUUGUGUGCUGCCUCUGUCUGUCCUCCCCUUGCAAGCAGCUAUGUAGUAAUGUCCAUCUUGAGGCUUUGAAGGUUACUCUUAUUACAUGAAAGAAUUUUAGGAUCUUGUUGUUCACUGGAUUGCUUCAUCAGCUGUGCUUGUUUGAUUUGUACCUUUUCUAUACAGUAAUUCUGCUGCUUUUUCUUUGAUUUUUGUUAAUUUUGUCCAUGCUUGCAAGGAUUUUUUUUCUUCUUAUGAUUCAUUUCAAUUGGAUAAAAUUUUAAAACAUUAAAUUUUGCUUUCAUGUGUUUUUCAGUUAGCUGUUUUAGCUGCCUUUUUUUUUAUAUUCUCCAUUAUUCCUUUUAUACCUCUGUUUCUCCACCACAUUAUUGAAACUGAAUGUGUGUGUCCAUCUGCGUCUCCAGUUCAUUUACAGAAGUUAGUGAUAACCUAAUUGAUAGAAGCAAGACUUUGAAGUCUGAAAGAAUAUAUCCACAUUUGUUCUUUGUGCCUGAUCCCCAUCUGGAAUUGCUCAGGAGAAAACAAGGAAUAGGUGUGACUGAAACAAUGAGGAUGCCAUUUCCAUCUCUACAGUGUUUCACAAACACUCUUUUCCUCUGACCACUGUGGUUCUCCACAUACUCAGAUUUCCAUUUCUCAUGUAGAUGAUUGGUGAUAAAGAUGUACCAAGGCCUUCUGGGUUUAAAUAUGAGCUGGUGUUCUCCUCUGGGUGAAAAGAUGAGUCCUGUGCAAAAUGGUUUUCUUUUCAUCUGCUGCAUUGUGAUGAUGUCAUGGAUGGGACAUUUUUAGCCUCUUGUGAUUUUUUUGUUUAAUACUUAAUAUGUUUUACAAAGGACGCUUUUCCUAUUAUUGUUCUCUUCUGUGAUGAGAAAUACAAACGUCCUGAAGACAACACUGUGUAUAAUUUUAGCUGAAAUACGCUGCUGUAUCUAAAGACCAAGCAGGACACUAAGAUGUGAAGUGAUAAUAUCUCAAGUUUCAGCAAGUCUUUUUGGAGAUUUAUGGUAUCUGUUAGGGACAAUAUGCUUAAAAUAUGUUUUUCUCCAUUUUUCAAGUAGGAGAAAAACACCAACCAACCAAAAAAAAAAAUCUGUCACUUCUGUCAUAGCAGUAAUCAUAGUUGUGGGAGAGGUUUUUGUUAUAAAACUGUUUGUUGUAUAAGCAAUAUGAGUGAAUGGAAUACAUUAACCUUGAUGUCCUGGACUUUGAAAUAAUAGUGUCAUCAGUGUCCUGCUUCUUUUCCAGUCCAAAAAUGCACAUUGAAUGUGGUGAUAUCUGUGAAAGGAGACUACAUGGGAUUGUACAGAACUCUGGACUAAAAAUGCAAACAAUAUCAUGGAAGAUUUCUUUGUGGUGGAACAAGGAUUAAAAAACAGCUCCUGGCUUAAACUGCUCAAGUGAACAAAUUAGAUGUUUUUAUGAUACAAAGUGGGAUAUUUGUGACAGAGAAGUAAAGGUUUUUCCUUUAAGAUUUGUGCACCUUUAUCUGUUUAGUCCAUUGGUUAUACUGUUGAUAGAGCUUGAAUUUAUAUUUAUUGCUUGAAAAAAGAAAAUAUUCUUAAGUCUCUCUGCAUAUUAUAUCCUACAUAAGCACACAAUUUAGUCUUUGGGCUCUAGAUAACAUCAGUCUGCCUAGCUGAACUGUAUAUUACAGUUAAAGUUUUAUGCAAAAUGUCUAUUCUUACUUACAUUUCAGUAUUUUUACUUGUUACUGUCUGAAUACUUAAUCACCUAGAUCCUGGUUACUUAAAAAAAUAUUUCUUAGUUAUAAUAAGUAGUCUGUUUUACUUGUUGUAUUUGUAAACUUCAGUAAAAAACCUUCAGUCCCCAAAAAGAAGCCUUAGUUUUUAGAAAUCCAGAAUUUCCUAUUCUAUAUAAUCCAGGUGUAACAGAACUAUCAUUCCAUGCUGCCUAGCAAGUAUGUCACUAUGUCCAGUCUCCAUUAGCAGACUAACAGCUCUUGAAGUGAUUGUGAUUCAUUUAGAGAAGCUGCUUUUGUUAAGAUAAAUCUGAGUAGCUGGCAUUUUUGUAAAUGAGGAUAGGUGUGCAUGGGGUGUGUCUAAUGAAUAUUUUGAUUUGUAAAGUAGUAAAGCCAGUGUAAUUUCAAUUUUUGUGUUGUUUCUUGAAUUGGUUGUAGGAGAAUAUAUAGUUACACUCUACAAAAGUCUUCUGCUGAAAUUACUAUCUGUAAGUCAUGGUAAGAUUUUUCAGUAGUGCAUGUGGUACUUCUUUUUAUAAGCUCAUGUUUAGUUCUGGUUGUUGAACCCUGACACUCAAUGCAGCAGUAUCAUAUGGUAACCAACACACUCCUUAAAAGGAGUAAAGAAGUGGGGAAAAGUAAAUAUGUAUAGAAUGACAACUUUUGUGACUCUAUGAAGGAGUCUCCCAAAUGAAGGAAAAAAGUCCAGUCCCAUACCUGUGGUUAUGGACUUGCACUCCAGGGUGCAGACAGAGCUGAACACAUCAGCCUGUGGUUUAAGCAAACCAGGAGCAGCUCCACUCCAGAAAUGCUGUGGAUUUACCUCUAGAGCCAUGUCAGCAUGUUUCACUCCUAAGGCAAUUCAGGAGUGUGAGGGUGUUGGAGACACGGCUGUAACCAGUGUGAGGUUUCAGAGGUCAUGUGGGUCUCAUGGCAUCAGUCCCAAACGGGCUGUUGAAAGGCAACCCAUGGAAGUAUCCAGUUUCCAUGCUGUGCCCAUACGCUGCUGCCUCUCUGCUUAUUUCAUGUAUAUUUCUGUAUUUCUUGGUGCCAUGUCUGGCUGUCUCUACAUCUGUUGUUAGUACAUGAACGUGGUCAGAAUCUUUUUGCAGCUUCUUGACAGUUGUUACUGCUAAAGUUUUAUGAGAUUUUCUAGCACUUGUGUCAUAGCAUAUUUGAUGUGUUGUAAGAUACCUGGAGUCACUUAGUCAUAAGUUAUUUGGAGAAGCAUGCUCAGAGAGGCCUUAAGGUUAAUUUCCAUAUCAGCUAGGUUGUAAUUUUAAUGAGGAAAAAGGGUUAUGCGUGUGUGUUGGGCUGAGGAAAGCUGUGGCUUGAUAUAAAACUUCUGUCUGUGUUGCCUGGUUUGCUUUGGGUUGCCCCUGUGUGAAGGGUAGCCUAAAGAUUUGAUGUGGCUUCUCUGUGGGGUGGCAUUUUUUUCCCAAAAAGAUGUGUACAUGUGUCAGUCAGUGUGCUCCCACACACAAACACAAAUUCUGUCUUUCUAUCCUUGCAUAGGAUAGAAAGACAGAAUUUCUUCCUUGAAAACUUAUUGCCCUCUCCAGGCCCUGAAAUGGAACUUAACCAGUCAAAUAUAAUUCUGGGGAAUGUGAUUCCCAACCCCACCCUGUUUUUCCUAAUUCAAGGUGCUGUAGGAAGCUUUUUGCUGAUGUUAGAAAUACCUGCCCCUCGCUCUUGGCUGUGAUUUGAACAAGUGCUGACUCUCAUACCUGAAAUCAAGGGCAGCCUGCUUUGAUCAUAAAGUACUCCACAUUUUAUAGCUGUUUAGGAAAUAACACCUGAGGGCUUGCACAUGUUUCCUUGGCAGGCUGUUUCUGUAGUUUCUGCCAGGUUUUACUGCACCUGCAGCAAAUCAGUUUGAGUGUAGCUGAGUUUAAGCCUCUCAGUAGAGGAGACAGCAAAAUGCUUGAUGAUAAUUUCAGAUUGGGACCCCCAAUUCUCUUAGGCUGCCACACUGACUAAAUGUAAGGACUAAAAUAAGGACAACGUUAUUUUUGAAACACACACUCAAGUUUGUGGGUCAUAAAGUGCUCUGGUGAGAGCUGCUAGAGAGCUGUCUCUUCUGGGUGUCCUCUGGCUUCAGGCGGCACUUUGAGGGGUUGGUGGCAAAUAAUGCACCAGGCUUUGCAAAGGACCAUCAGACAAGAUGUUCAUUUGGUGACCUGCCUCUGUUUUGUGUACUGAACAAGGCAAUAGCCUACAGAAAAAGUGUCACUGCAUAAUCACACACUGUCGUUAUGGCUACAUGUAAGGAAAUCCCAAUUAUGAUCGUAUAGACAACGUUUUGCAACAGAGGACUUCAUUUUUCAGAAAAUCAAACUACUUUUCUCCUGGAUUGUGCUGGUGGCCAGGCUUGCCUUUUUGUGACAGGAUUUUUCAACUGAAGCACCCACUUCUUGCUGUGUCUUUUUUUCCUUUAGGAAGGGGCAAGUUCACUACAUUAUGGGGGAAUUCCUUCUUUGUUCCUGUUGUGCAAUCCCUGCAGAUUUAUCUCAUAUUUGAUUAACAGCAUGGCUUCUGACAAAGGAAAUAUUGGUAAAUCCAGGGGUUUUUUUAGGAACUUUACAGAAGCUGAUCAUGCUUGGAAUAUUUCAUGUCUUCUUGUUCAUAAUUUAGAUUGUUAUUGUUAAUAUAGUUGAAGGAGUUGACAGUCACAGAUAUAAUUCCUAUUGGAAAGCUGGGGUUAUUGCCCUCCUGGGGUUUGAUAACACACACUUUUGCAGAAUCAUUGUUUUUGGAUCAUCUGUUUCUUGUUCAGAGUCCAUGACUAAUUAGCUUAUAAAAAAGUCAUUGAGCUAAUAUCUUAUAGAGAAACCUGUGAUGUCAGAUUUGAUCCCCUAAUUGCUCUUAUAAUUGGCAUUUAUUGGAGCUCUUUCACUAGUCAGGGCAACAGACCCCAUUUGUUUUAUGUAGAAUGUUGUAAAAACAAUGGAACUGGCAGCUGAUUACAGUUUUCUAUUCAGUAAGCAAUUUUGGAAGACUGUGGGCUAGACAGUUGUCUGAUUUGCCUAGGUUGUAAAAGUUAAAUAUAAAGAGAGAUGGAUUUUCAGCAUAUGGCUCUGUGUUAGCAAUUACAUGCAUUAGUGAUUUAGCUGGUGUAUUGUGUCUGCUUUAUAAAUGUUUAUAUUGCAGCCUUCUGCUAAUAGAUAUUGAUGACAGGCAGUGUUUGGAGGCCCAGUGUAUGGCAGUGGUCAUUAAUUAUGGCCCAGUAAUGAUCCAUCUACUUGUGUUUGCCAGCAUAUCCAGUUCUAACCCAUGCUUGUGGAAACAUCAACUAUUCUGUUGUUCCCUAAUAAUUUAACACAAGGUCAUUGUCAGCUGGGAUGUAAAUGUUUGACAUUUCAUAUUGAGCAAAUUCAAGUUUUAGAACUCUUUAAGCAUUAGUGAGCCUGGAAAUUAAAUUAUGCUGAUGCUUACAUGAAGCUUGUCUUAUUAAUUCUGAAAUUAUUUGGAAUGUUUUUUGAUGGCCUAACUAUGUGUAUGGAGGAAAUAUGCAGUCUCUUUGUCUGCUCUGAAACUACAGAGAGCUCUGUGAUGAAAGGGAACUUUGAAAUGUCACACUCCUGUCAAGAAAAAUAAUUCAUUGACCCUUGUCCAUAAAAAUUGGUAGGAAAAUUGCACACUUCUGACCAGUCUCUGGAUCUCCUGUCUCACAAGUGUGAAGAAUGUCAUAAGUUUGAAUUCAGCUGUGAUGGGUAUUUUGACACCAAAAUAUUUUACUUUUGCCAUAUGGCUUCUCUCAAUUCUGUACUUCUUUCUCAGCUGCAGAUCAGCUCUGAACAGCAUGGGGUUUGUGGAAUGAUCUCUUCAGGCUGCAGUCACAAAAAUGAGCUUUUUUUCAAGUAUUUGUCAGUUAGAAACAGUCCUCUGGAAUUCUUGGCAUUAAAUUUUUGUAAUUGUAACAAUGAAUGUCGAAUAUCCGUGAAAAGAAUAAAUGAAGUAUUUCUGGUAGUAUUCAUCCUGAAACCAAAGCAUGAUUAGCAAGUAAUUAACUGUCACUGUUAUGCCUUUUCAUGACUUCACUGGCUGGAUCCCAGAAAUACUGACUUUCCCUAGUGGUGAGAAAGAUCAAGGGCUUCUCCUGGAUGUUGAGUUCAGGUGGCAGAGAACAAAUUCCUGUGACAAGUGUGAAAAAUUACCUGUAGACCUUAUCCCAGGCACAUAAACCCAUAGAGCAAGGACUGCUGAGCUUUUCUGUGCCCACAGUGCUGUGGUAAACAUGUCACUUUUUGCACUGGAAAGCUUUUAGUUUCUCUGGGAAUGUUCACACUUUUUUUUUUUUUUAACAUAGACCUCUUCACGCCACUGAAAAUUGUCCUUUCUCUUUUAUUUCUCUACAUUUGAUAACUUCAGAAGAAAUAUAUCUGCUUAUGGAAACUUCCAUUUUAAUCUGUAAUAUUUGGGAAAAAGUGCAUUUGAUCAGAAUAGUCAAUAAUUUGUGCUGUUAGUAUACACAAAGCCUCUGUACUAGACAUGGUAAAAUUGCCCAAAGAAGGCACUUAAGUGAUUUGUCAUAAGAUCUCAUAGAAGCCUUGGAAAUUCUUGGGACAUUUGUAGUGGAUAUAUGUCCCAGAGAACACAUGUCCCCAAACUUCUUACAUUUGUUCAACCCUUGAGAGUUCAUUAGUCCUUUGCACUGGCAAAUUUUUCUUCUGUGUGUUUAAAAAGGUUCAGUUGUACCUCAAAUAAUCUCUUGGCUCAUGUUUGACAAAUUAUUAGGCCAUGUAAACUUGAUGUCCAAAGUAUUAGCAAUAUAUGCAAGUAUGGAUUGAAGAUUUAAAAAUCAUUUUAUGAGUUACUGAGAGUUUAAUGAUUGUGAUUUCUGAACUUUCUGACAGAUACCUUCGAGGUGAGAUGCAAGACACGUGGAGAGGAAGGAACCACUAGAUCAGGUUAAAGUGGGGAGGAAAAAAACAAACCCAGAAGCAUCAUUGACUGGGUAGAUUUUUCAACAUGAAUCGUGCUUUUAGCAGGAAGAAAGACAAAACAUGGAUGCACACUCCUGAAGCCUUAUCAAAGCAUUAUAUUCCCUAUAAUGCAAAGUUUCUAGGCAGUACAGAAGUGGAGCAGCCCAAAGGCACGGAAGUUGUAAGAGAUGCUGUUAGAAAAUUAAAGUUUGCAAGACAUAUCAAGAAAUCUGAAGGCCAAAAGACGCCCAAGGUUGAGUUACAAAUCUCAAUCUAUGGUGUAAAAAUUCUAGAUCCAAAAACAAAGGAGGUCCAGCACAACUGUCAGCUCCACAGGAUAUCCUUUUGUGCUGAUGACAAAACUGACAAGAGAAUAUUUACUUUCAUCUGCAAAGACUCAGAAUCCAAUAAGCACCUGUGCUAUGUGUUUGACAGUGAAAAGUGUGCAGAAGAGAUAACUUUAACAAUUGGUCAAGCAUUUGACUUAGCUUACAGGAAAUUUCUGGAAUCCGGAGGAAAAGAUGUUGAAACAAGGAAACAAAUUGCAGGUUUACAAAAAAGAAUUCAAGAAUUAGAAACUGAAAAUGCAGAACUGAAAAACAAAGUUCAAGAUUUGGAAAACCAGUUAAGAAUAACACAAGUGCACGCGUCUCCACUGCUGCACAUAAAGUGUGAUAAUGAUGAACAUAUGUUUCAAAGACCCUCUACUUUUUUCUGGUGUAACAAUGAGGAUUCACCUCCUUGUUUAGAUAUCUCUUCCAUUACGCUUACUCCUAGGAGUUCUCCUGACUCUAGACUACCACCUGGAUUCUUAAUACCACCACCUUCAAAAAGUGGUCUUCCAAAGCCUGCCAGUGAAUACAGCUGCCCAAGACCUCGUGUAAUCUUGCUGUGCAAAAGCUUUUUCAGUUUUAGUUUUUUAGUUUUGGCUUUCUUUUGUUCUCUGUUGUGUAUUAACUUGUAUUAAAAAUGUGCAUUUUGUACAGUGGCUAAAGAGUAGGGCAGAUGAAUCUUAGGUUCUCUAGGGGUACUCUUAAAAUAUGGAAUUUGUGAAGAAUCACUCUUACUUCUACAGAGCUUUUUCUUUCCCAUCCCCAAAACACAAAUUCUUACUUUUCCAACGUGUUUAAAUUAGUUCAUUAAUUAAUGAUCUCUGUAAUCUGCCAAUCUUUUGUUAAAUUUGUUAUAUGAAGAGUAGCAACUCAAAACAAUUCUAAAGGUCCAACUUCAAGGGCUUCUUCCCCCCAGGAAUUAAUAGAAAAGCAAUGAGCCAUUAAAUAACUUUUAGAACACUUCAUAAAAACUGUGCAAAAUGAAGGUUGAAAAUUAUUCUCAAAUAUGAAAUGGGCAUAUUGCCUCCUUUUUCAUAUUCAUGUGCUUAUAUUCUCAACUUUUCUUCCAUUUGCAAGUAAUAUUUGGCUUUAUUUAGCGACCAUCCUGGCUUUCUGCAUGUGUGCACUAAAUAAAAAUGCUUCUUGUUGUCAUAUAUAUUCAAAAUACACAUUUCUUAAUUCACUUAGUUUUAAUUAAACCAUAUCAGUAGAAUCAAAAUGGCCAGUAAGUGACUUCAACAAUGCUGAAGGUAAAGUGGAAAUGAGUCUAAAGUUUGGGUUUUCUUUUUUUGCCUAAAAGGCACAUUUAUAAGUAAAUGGAAGUGUUGUUUACCUGUCUUCUAGAUAGCCAUAAACAUUUAGCAAAUAAUAAGGUUCUCCAUUAGAACAUAUGAUCUCCAAUAUAUCCUAGGGUUGCUCAUGGGUGUUGAUGGAAAUGGAGGUUGAUGUAAGCAUUUAUUUAUGUCCUAAACCUGAUCCCACCUUCCUGAUGCCAACAAAAGCCCAUCUACAAUCAGAGUAAUUUCAGAUGAAGGAAGGGGUGUGCUUCUUUUUUGUGUUUAUUUUGGCUCCAGUGCAUCCAUUGCCCUGCUUGGAGUGGGAGCAGAUGACAUCCAGCCAUCUGCCAGACCUGGAUUAUCCUGGUUCUCUGCAGGGUUAGUGCAAGGUCCAUGGGCACCAACAGGAGCCUGUGGUGUCUGAACUCUGCUCCGAAAUCUUUUCACAACACAUGAUUUUUGAAAUUCCAGUAGUAACUCAAGUUGAGGACAGUAAAGUUCUGGAUAUGUUAAAAUCUUGAAAACUGGUUCUUUUAUGAAGUCAAUCACCUAUGGUCAUGAUUGGGAAUAGCAAUGACUGAGAGAUUUUUUUUAAAGGCAAAAAACUAAAAGCAGUAUGUUAAGUGUAGAUUUUUUUCUUGCUAUGUGUCUGUAUAUCUGUGAAGAAAUACCCCAGGUUCUUUUGGAUAUUGAACAGUUAUAAAUCUCUCUUAAUCCAAUUUUAAAAUAUUAAUCCAAAUUUAAAAUAUUAAUUCAAAACUCCAAAGAAUCACAGAACUUCCAAGAAUUAGGAAAUGUAGGACUUGGGAGCCCUGUUUUUUUCCUCUUUUAACAUUGCAUUCAGAGGAAGGCUGUGAAUCAGUACUGUUUUGUACAAGCCAGUGCAGAGAACUUCCAGAGAGAAAUAAGUGUGGUUCAGAGCUACCUCUAGGCUUGGCUUAGGGAUCUGUGAUGUGAGCUGUCCCAGGGCAGCUGCAGGUCUGCAGCACAGGCACUGAGGAAAGCAGCAUUCCAAAAUAAGGGUUUAUCCACGGGACUCUCAUGGACAAGCAGUGCUAAGGACUGCCGGCUUGCCAGGUUAUCAUAUCUGUGUAUUCUGAAUAAAAGGAUCCAUGUGACUAAUAUAACUUGUGCUUCAAAAUUUCUGCGUGGAUAGUUUGUGCAAACUGAGUCUUGUUUCAAAGCUGCAGGCUUCUGCUGUACCUGGCUGGCCUUUCUAACACACAGGGUGAAGGGGUUUCUGUAUUGCCUCAGCAAUAACAUGACAUGCAAACCAGUUUUGCCUUCAGCUUGUCAGUCUCAGUUUUUAUCUGUUUCAUCCUCUCUGUUCAUUAUAUUUUAACUUGACUAUGCCUCACUUGUGCCCUGAAGUAGUGGACUGGUGGCAGGAGGAAUGAACCAUUCAAAACCAAAUAUGGCUGUAGAACUGUAGUAAUUGGGGUUUGGGGUUUCUUUCUCACCCAGUAUUUUUUUUGAACCCUUUCAAAUUCCUGUGCCUUUUGAAUGAAAUCUCUUCAGUUUUACCUUCGAGGACAAAAGGUUUAUUUUGGAUAUUAACAUUCAGUAUAUCAUGUUUAGAUUAUUACUUAUGGAAAAACACAUUUAAAGCUUUGAUCAUAUCAGUUUCUCUAAGCUGCCAAAUAAGAGAUCAUGUAAAGAAGAAUUAGUAAACCAAAAAUACUGGCAUUGUAUCUUUGAACUUGGUUCUGUGCUCUCCAGAGCAGAGCACAGUUGUUGCCAUAUUACCUCGACUGGGUCUCGUGAAGGUGUCUGUGCUCGUAUGUCUGCAAGAGAGCUGCUUGUCACAGCUUUGUCAGGUGUAACUGGGAUACAUUUUCAACUGAAAAUGGAGAAAUUGCAAUGCUGCUUUUGUACUGGGGAGUGUUAGCAUGUGUCAGAGUCUGUACUGCAAAUGCCAUUUGCUUGGUGUCAGGAGCUGGGGUUUGCAUGCUGAUGGUUGUUUUUAACUUUUCAAAAUGUGACUCUUAUCUGCAUGCUGAAGAAUUCAGUAUUGUGAUCUUUUUCAUGUGAAACAUUGCCCUAAUAUUUA